ACGCUGCAGCACGUCCAUUGCGCUUCGACAUGUCGGUUUCGAGAGCUGUUUCCUCGAGAUUUAUCUGCAGUUCGUGUUUAAAAGCAAGCGCACGUCCGUCGCCAAUAAUACCAAAGACCAACCGCAUACCAUCCCGCGCCUCGCCUCUGAAACCUCCACAAUGCGCAUUCAGCACGAGCCUGUCUCGCGGAUCGCAAAAGAACAAUCCCUCAACUGAAGACCCUGAAUUCGCUUUUCUAAGCA